AGUCUACGAAAGAACGAAGCAGACCAAAUGAUAUGCUAUUUGGUCAACUGGUGCAAAAAAUAGUUAGUUUAAAAUGAAGAUAAUUUUAAUAUUUAUACUUGUUUCCACCUGUUCCUGUAGGGAUUAUUCAAAAUUUCCAAAGAAUACUGCAGUUUUCAAUGGACAACCUGCAAGACUUAAUUGCACUGCCAUUGACGAAGUUAGAAUCUAUGAUGAAACUUCGUGGAUAUAUACACAGAGUCAAUGGCUUAUUACAUAUAGAAUAGCGUUAAAUUUAACAAUAAACCCAUUUCAAAGUAGCAAAUAUGAAUUUGCUGAUAAUUCAACAUACUCCUUAAAUAUUCAGAGUGUUAAUCAGGAUACUGCAGGUGUAUACGAAUGUUCUGGUUCUUACGGUGGAAACAAAGUUGAUAACUUUCAUGCUUUUGUUCUAUCUAUGGAGAGUGAACCUAGUUGCGAAGAACAAAUAGAAUCUUUACCAGAUAAUUUACCAAGCAAUUUAAAGAUUGUAUACUGUUUUAUUGAAUACGCAAGCUUUUAUCCUCCUAGUAUUAAUAUUACAUCUUCUGGAAAAAUCUAUAAUGUUUUAAGUGAAACACGAGUAAUUUUUGACGGAAGUUACCAUACUGGAGGAGCAUGCGCUUUAAUAGAUAGAUCAGAAUCUUUUAGUUGUUCUGUUAAGUUUGGUUCCCCUCCACCCGAACUUUUGCUAGAUAUAUCAUACGACGACAGUGCCCCCGAUAUCCAGGCUAGUUGCUCUAAUUCAUCUGGAAGAAAUCUAACUAUACCUCCAUGGAUACUGGAUGGAUGUCAAAAUAUCUAUGAACCUCUAAAACCUCAGGUAAUAAAUAUUCCAAAGAAUACUGCAGUUACGAGAGGAUCUUCGGCAAAUAUGACAUGUACGUCAAGAAAUUUCGGUUCAUUCGGUUUAGUUCAAUGGUUUUACAGACAAAGCGAGUCCGAUCAGGCUGUUACAAUUUCGGUGAACAAUAUAAUCUAUCCAAGUGCACAGGGAUUAAUUGAAUUGUACGAUACUUAUAACUUGAACGUUUUGAGCGUUGAUCAAGUGACAACAGGUCUCUUCCAAUGUACUGCCAGUGAUGAAAAUUUUUAUGCUGUUCACGAGGCGUUUCUCUUAGAGAUGGAAAAAAGUUCAAUAUGUAUCACGAAGAGAUAUGCGGAACUGGAUGACUUAGUUACUCCAAGAAAAGCAGCAUUUUGCCUAACAAAUUACACUGGAUCUUAUCACCCUACCGCUAGUAUUAUGGCAAAUGGUAAUCUUAAAGAAACGUUUACGUUUGAAGUAAACAACACUGUAGGAGCUUGUGCUGCUAUCCUAAUUAGUGAAAGAAUUAAUUGCAGUAUGAAAUUCGGAACACCUCCUGAUAAUCUUAUCCUUUUUGAAAUUACUGAUAACUCGGCUCCAGAUCUUGUUACUUAUUGUGAUGAAGAAAUUGUAGAUACUGAAGAGGACAAUCUCUUUCCAAAAUGGCUUGAGGAGAAGUGUGCGGAAGCUCUAUUUCCGAAACCACAAGAACUUUUAAGAAAACCUGAAAAUGUAGCUGUUGCGAGGGGAUCUACAAACGUUACCAUGCAUUGUUCAACUGCAAACUUUCGCAACUAUGAUUAUAACAGUUGGAGAUUUUCUGCUGAGCCUGGAGGAACACAAGAUAUUAUCACAGGAGUCGAUUUUGUUCUUAUUGGUUUUGAACAUUUAUACGGAAUUGAGGGAACGUGGGAUUUAGUGGUGAAGGAGGUCAAUGAUAAAACAACAGGAAUUUACGAGUGUGAAGUUAGAGCUGAUGCCGAAAGUGGAAAUAUUGAGGGUAAUUUUAUGGCAUUUUUACUUGAAAUGGAAUCUGAACCGCUGUGCGCCGAAGAUCCGUAUGAUGGAGUUGUUCCUGAUUAUUUAAAAGUUGUCUUCUGCCUGACUAAUUACACAGGAGCAUAUGCUCCUCAAGUUUCAAUAACAGCGGAAAAUGGUAUUGAGAUUUCGGCAAAGGUAUUAAAUGGUAGUCAAGUUGGUUCUUGUGCCGUAAUCAAGAAAGAAGAUGAAUAUAACUGCACUGUAAAGUUUGGUACUCCUCCGACAGAUUUAACUUUAUUUGGAGAUUUUGACACUUCCGCUCCUAAUUAUACAACAAGCUGUUCUAGUAAAAAUUCUAUAAACAUAGCAAAUAAAAUACCAAGGUGGUUAGAAGAGCAGUGUAUAAAUAAUUAUGGAGAACCAAGGGUUAUUAAACGCCCCGUUAAUACUGCUGCGUUUACUGGAGAAAAAGCCCAACUUGAUUGCACUACAAAAUCAUUUAAUCAAUACGGUGGUGUUUUUUGGUCAAUAAAACCUGAAAAUGGCAAUAUCAUUCCGUUAUCCUUUCAAGAUAUUAUAUCCCCUAACUAUCCAGAUCAGUACAGCAUUCAAGAUAAAUGGAAUCUUAUUAUUAACAGUGUUAAUAAGGAAACGACCGGCUUAUAUGAAUGCUACGCCAGCGAUUUAGGCGUUGAUGUUUUCUAUGAUGUUCAUUUGCUGGAAAUGGCUAAAACACCAUCUUGCCUAGAGAUCCCUUACAAUGAUGCUCCUGGAAUGAAAUUAGCAUUCUGUAUGACUAAUUACUCGGGUGCCUAUUUUCCUAACUUCAAUCUAACAUUUUCGGGAGAUGUACAAUCCGGAAAAGUUUUUGUAAAAGAUGGUCAAGCAGGAACGUGUGCGGUUAUUAAAGAAACGAUGGCUUUUGAUUGUACUGUCAAAUUUGGAAGUCCACCUUUCACUCCUGGCAAUGAGAAUUUAGAUUAUUCAGCUCCUAAUUUAACGGCACACUGCUCUGGAGGGUCUUCGCCUCAACAAAUACCGCCCUGGCUUAUGGACGAUUGUUUAUCAAAUCAACAAAUGACCACUCCCGAACCAAAGCCUCCACAAAUUAUAAGACUAGCAACAAAUACAGCAGUAUUAAGGAACCAGUUUGUAACUUUACCCUGUACAACUAGAAAUUUUCCAAGUAAUGGAUUUGUCAUAUGGAGCUUUAUAUCGCCGGUUUUUGACGGUUUAGGUAUUAUUUCGAUCAAAGAUGAAAUUAUGACUAACGUACCAAAGGAUAGAUAUGCAAUAAAUGAUACAUGGAGUUUAGAUAUAUCAAAGGUAAACGUGAACACUACGGGAUUGUAUGACUACUAUAUUAUGGACGGAGUUGAUAAAAACAUCUAUAAAUAUAUCUUCCUUAGCGAACUUGAAGAAAAGCCUAAAUGCAUUACUUCGUCUCACGAUAAUCUUCCAACUACAAAACAAUUUGUUUAUUGCACUUCCGACUACUCAGGCUUCUAUCCUCCAGGCGCAAACAUAACUGUAGAUGGCGAUAUUGUUUCAUUUGUCUCGUCUCAAAAGAAUGGAAAAGUAGGAAGUUGUGGAAUAAUUGAUAAAGGAAAACCUUUUCUUUGUCAAGUUAAAUUUGACUCACCUCCAGUAAUACAUCCGAACUUUCCAAUUGACAUGACAGCCCCUAGUUUAACUACCGAAUGUUCUGAGAAUUCUGGAUCAAUAGGCGACGGUAAAGAGGAUUACUUACCAUUCGUUAAAUCGUCAAAAAACAAUUUAGAAGAUAUUAAAUAACUGCUUCCCUUUUUAGUGCCCCAAUGGCUUCAAGAUUUGUGUAUUAAAGGUAUAGAGGAAACUACACCUAUCCCGACUACUCUUAGUCCCGACUUUCAAAUUCUAACGAAACCUAAAAAUAUCGCUACUUUGACUAAUGACUCAGUUCAAUUAUCUUGUGGCGUCAAAGGUUAUGGCGCAAAUUGGGAAUUUAGAGAUAUGAGUUCGUCUACAAAAACUAUCUCUGUUAAUAGUGACGUUGUCCAAAAUAUGAAAGACAGAUACCAGAUUGUGGAAACUUACAAUUUAAGGAUUCUACAAGGCAAUUCCAAUACUGCUGGUCUCUAUAAAUGUUUGAUAACAAAGGACGGAAGUAUCUUAGAAACUAAUGGAGCUUUUGUCAGUACACUUGAUAGACCUAAAUGUGUAACUUCGACAUCUGCCAAUUUAGCUCUACCAUCGGGACAAAAAAUGGCAUUUUGUUUCACAACAUUCUCUGCAAAAUGGACUCCAACUCUAUCUAUGAUGAUAUUAGAUUCGCAAUCAACUUCCACAUAUUUUAACAUUGUAGGAAAUAUGGCAGGUAAAUGUGCACUAAUAUCGAAAUUAGGAAGCUUUACAUGUGAAGGAGAGUUUGAUGCACCUCCCGCUAAUAUUAUUGAACAAGGUGUAGACAACUCGAAGCCAACCUUUUCGUUGUCAUGCUAUACUGCAACAGUUAAUGUACCAGAAUGGCUAAUGAACGAAUGCAAAGAGAAAUAUGGCGGGCAAACAACAACCUCUAUAUCCUCCACCCCGGGUAAUGACUGCGGAAGUAUCAACCAUUCAGGCAUUAUUUGGUUAAUUGGGUUACUUUUCACAAUCAAUAUGAUAAAAUGACGCAUCAAGCUUUAACAUACUUUUAGUCAUUUUUUUUUGUACAACUAUAAAAUUUUAUUAGGAUUAAUAAACUUCCAAUGAUGAAAGCUCAAAGAUCACUGGCAGUUUAUUCUGUCUAUUGUAUCUAGGAGCUUCAGAUUUAUCUGUCGACAAUAAACAAGUGUAUUUUUUAUGUUUAAGUAUUAUAUUAUCAAAAAACUUUAUCAUUUUCGUAAUGAAUUUACCAUAUAUGAUUUGCAUAAUAAAAAUUAUAAAUAUAAGUUUCUUUUUGGCCGAG